UACCUACCGCAUCCCACACAACUGCUGCCACCCCGAGCUUCUUCCAGUCCUGGGCGAGACGGAGGUCGUGGUCGGCGAACCGAAACUGUGCUGAUGAAUUGUGGAGUUUUGAAAGAGCGGGUAGCGGAUUCUCUACGUACGGAACUAGAGCCAUGCUGCGUAAUGAGUAGAAACUACACUAACUGGCAUAGCUAUGUGCUUAUUGUUUGACCCGAGUGUUCAUGCGCAGUGCGGUUCUUCUUCGUUGAGGAUUUAAGCACAGGUGACGUCCAACGGAGACUAGCCUUUCGAUUGGCCGGUUACUACAAGCCCUGCCUUCUGCUUUUCGAUUGGCCGGUCACUACAAGCCCCGCCUUCGUCAGAGGAGCUGUAAUACCUCUCCGGGCUGUCACAUUAAACAAGAAACGUCAACACUCCAGACUCCAAAAAUGAUCAACUGGAAGGUUUUGGACAAUGUCCCCCUCCUCCUGUACAUCCUGGCCCUGAAGACGCUGCUGCUGUGUUUGGCGUUCGCCGGGGUUAAGAUCUACCAAAGUAGGAAAAUAGACAAGGCGCUGAAGAAGGAGCAAGAGGAGAAGAGGAGGCUAGCCGAGCAGACCCAGGAGCUCUUAGACAACAAGAAGGAGAACUGAGCAGAGGAGAGAAGCUGCUGUACAGAGGGAAACAUGUGCCUGACCUGAAGAAGGGGCCACCUGCUCCACAUAUGAGCAGGAUGUCGGGUUUACAACAAGAGGACCUUCCUGUGCGUCAAGAAAAUGUUUGUAGUUCUGGUAUCAUUUUGCGGUGUCACUGAAGCGAGACUGCGGUGAGGAACGUAUUAGUUGAUUUUAAACUGAAAUGAACUCUGUAAAUGCUCAUACAGCAUCCACUUGUCAUUUCACGAACACCCACUCCUUUCUGGGGCUCAUCUUCUGCCUUGUUUAUACUCGUAUCUGUCCGUCUCCACAUUUGAUUAAGCAUCACUUUGUACACCGGAAUAGUGGAUGGUAGUCAGAACUGCCUAUUUUUAAGAAUACAGCAUUGUAUUUAUUCUGUAAUAUUCAUUGUAAAUUGUGAACCAACUUUGUGUCAAACUUUUGUAAUAAUAUUAAAUGGUUUGUUCCACAUGCUA